CUGAGGCGCCCCAUUGGAUGAUAAAACUACCUCUCUACACCACUCUCCGGUCUACUAUCUGCUCCAUAUUCCCCAAUCCCCAUGGCUCGGCUUCUGCUUCUCUUCUUCGGAGUUCUGAUCGCCUCCGCUGCCGUCGCUCGAUCCGGAUCGGAGCUCCUCGAUAAUCCGAUCAGGCAAGUCGUCGACGGUCUCCACGAGCUAGAGUCGUCCAUUCUCAAAGCAGUCGGAGACUCGCCCCGCGCCGUCUCCUUCGCUCGCUUCGCUCAUAGGUACGGGAAGAUGUACGAGAGCUCGGAGGAGAUACAGAGGAGAUUUCAGGUUUUCUCCGAGAAUUUGAGGAUGAUCCGAUCGCAUAACAGAAAAGGACUCUCCUACUCUAUGGGAGUCAACGAGUUUACUGAUCUGACAUGGGACGAGUUCAAGAAGCAUAGACUGGGAGCUGCUCAAAAUUGCUCUGCUACAAGAAGUGGCAACCAUAAGCUCACUGAUGCAGUCCUCCCUACCUUGAUAGACUGGAGGAAAAGUGGCAUUGUUAGCCCAGUGAAAAAUCAAGGUAGUUGUGGAUCUUGCUGGACAUUCAGUUCAACAGGAGCACUAGAGGCAGCUUAUGCACAAGCAUUUGGAAAGAGUAUUUCUCUGUCCGAGCAGCAGCUUGUUGACUGUGCUGGAGCUUUCAACAACUUUGGCUGCAAUGGUGGAUUGCCCUCUCAAGCCUUCGAGUACAUCAAAUACAACGGUGGCCUUGAUACCGAGGCUGCCUACCCAUACACUGGAAAGGAUGGAGUGUGCAAGUAUUCCUCUGAGAAUGUUGCUGUCAAAGUAGUUGAUUCUGUCAAUAUCACUCUGGGUGCUGAGGAUGAGCUUAAGCAUGCGGUUGCAUUUGUUCGGCCGGUGAGUGUGGCGUUUGAAGUAGUUGAUGGGUUCAAAGCAUACAACGGUGGUGUUUACACUAGCACCACUUGUGGCAGCGAUCCAAUGGAUGUUAACCACGCGGUUCUGGCUGUUGGUUAUGGAGUUGAAAAUGGGGUGCCGUAUUGGCUCAUCAAGAACUCAUGGGGAGCUGAUUGGGGCGACAAUGGCUAUUUCAAGAUGGAGAUGGGCAAGAACAUGUGUGGUGUUGCAACAUGUGCAUCAUAUCCUAUAGUUGCUUAAGCGAACUCCUUCAGCGAUUUGAUAAGAAAAGCUUCAGUUUCAGAUGCAGCAAGUGUGAUUGGCAAAAAUGGAUUACUAAAUAAGACAACAUUUAGGUGAAAGAAUUUAUGGAAUUUCAUGUAAUCUAUAAUGACCCUCUCUGUAUAUAAUCUUAAAUUAUGAUGUUGCUUAGCAUUUGUUGGUUUUGUGUAGCAUUAUUCUAUUACUUCUUCAAAAACACUCUUUUGAUGGUGUUA